AUGGAAGCAGCCAUGUGCAAAAAGAAAUCUCUCCCUCGGGGAAUCGAACCCCGGUCUCCCGCGCUUAUCGGUUUUAAUGACAAGCGGAAAUCAUCACCACUAGACCAAGGAAGAUGUGAUGGUCGAGUUACUGCUCGACCACUUGGCUGGUUGAUGGAAGUUCCAGCAUACUAUGAUCUUAUGACCACAAUCUCAAAACCCAUCCCAAAAACAAAAUAA